AUGCUUUCGCUGACCAAGUACGGGCUGCCCGGGCUGGCGCAGCUGCGGAGCCGCGAGGCCUACGUGCUGUGCUACGACCCGCGGAGCCGCAGCGCGCUGUGGGUCAUCGAGCAGCUCAACCGGGAGACCCUCGGCGGCACCUCCGAGCGCGCCGCCUGCGAUUUCCAGGAGGACGACUCGGUACACGAGUACCACCGCGCCACCAACGCCGACUACCGCGGCAGCGGCUUCGACCGCGGGCACCUGGCGGCCGCCGCCAACCACAAAUGGAGCCAGAAGGCCAUGCGGGACACCUUCUACCUCAGCAACAUCGCCCCGCAGAAUCCUCAUUUAAACCAGAAUGCCUGGAAUAACCUUGAGAAGUACAGCAGAAGCUUGGCGAGGAAAAACAAGAACGUGUACGUCUGCACAGGACCCCUUUACCUGCCCAGGAUGGAGGCCGAUGGGAAGAUGUAUGUCAAGUACCAGGUGAUUGGGAAGAACAACGUGGCUGUUCCCACCCACUUCUUCAAGGUGCUCAUCCUGGAAAAGGAGAGUGGGGAGAUUGAGUUGCGCUCGUAUGUGAUGCCCAACAGCCCUGUGGAUGAGAAAAUCCCCCUGGAACGGUUUCUGGUUCCCAUCGAGAGCAUUGAGCGAGCCUCAGGGCUCCUCUUUGUCCCAAAUAUCUUGAAGAGAACAGGUAACCUGAAAGCCAUCACAGCUGGAAACAAGCUCUGAACCCCGACUUAAACGAAUCAAGGUAUCUCCUGGGAAGGGACUGAGCAGUUACCUCCAGAAUAAUUGUUCCUUGGGCAAUUUUAAAUGUGGGAAGUAAGAAUCAAACCAAUGCUUCUCUUUACCCUUCCCCUUGUUUUGUGUGACACUAACAUGCACAAGGCUCCCAGGCACUUGCCAUCCUAUCAGGUCUGUAGAAUUUGCCCCUAACAGGCAGCACAGAGAAUACUCCUAUAACUGCUGCCUUUGAAUUACAUGUGGCUCAUUAAGACACAAAGGGAAUUUCUGCUAUUUAUCAGGGAAGGACAGGAGCAAGAUGGGUGCAGGGGGAGAGGUUCCUGCCUUUCUGUGGCCAAAGGAUUGUCUGAUUGUUUUCUUUCAGGAGAUGGUUUUAGCAGUAAAGCUUUGAACACCCA